AUGUCCGAAAUGUCAGAUUAUGUCAGAAAAAGAGCUUCCAAGCCUAAAGUCAGAUCAGGUUGCGUAACUUGCAAAUUUCGAAGACUUAAAUGCGAUGAAGGGAAACCAGCUUGUUUUCGAUGUUCUAAUUCUGGAAUUCGAUGUCGUGGUUAUACUAUACAAGCACCAAUAUCAUCGAAAAAGAAAGAACCUGUUCGACAAAGCCUAGUUCCUAUACGUCCGGCACCACCAACUUUACCAAAUCAUGAACCCUCUUACCUAAGUCUUAGCGAGCAAGAAUGGCUAUACUUUCAAGAAUUUACAUCUGCAACUUCUACCGAUCCAUAUGGCAUGAUCGCGGACACAACACGCCGUACAGCCAGAUCGAUCGAGUCAUUCUUUUGGACCGAAGUCGUUCUCCAGGAAAGCUUUUCCACGCCAUGUAUUCGUCAUGGAAUUGUAGCUGUUUCUGCUCUUGUGCGGAGCUUUCAGAUGGACACUACCAGCUCGCAACAAAUUCAAGAUCAUGAACAGUUCGCUCUUAAACAAUACGGCAAAGCAUUGCAGUCAACGAGAGACUUCAUAGCAGAUACAAAAAGUACAGCUGAACGUUCAAGAACACUCUUUAUUGCCGCUACCAUACUAGCUCACUUUGAUUGUUUCUAUGGGAAUCGAGAUCUAGCAACUUCUCAUAUGCAAUGUGCCCGAUCAUUGCUUACGAAAGAGACCUCAAAACUCCUGGAUUACAGGUUCGUUAGUAUCUUGAUGAGUCUCGAUAGUGUCAACUACUCCACUAUGGGCUUUGAAUCGGAAUUCUCUUAUCGCCAAGCUAUAUUCGGAAAAGAGCAGAUUUAUAUCCCGGAAUUCUUCUCUAGUGUAGAGGAAGCAGUCAAAACUCGAAGUAUACUGGUCACAAGAGCCAACAAUCUCUAUAUAGAAAUGUUCAAAUAUAGAUUCACACCGAGAAGAAAAAUUCCUCGCUCGGCCAUCAAGCUGAGAGACUAUUAUGUAGCGCAAUUAAGACAAUGGGAUACUGUCUUCCGUCGAUCUACAUGGAUGUCCGAUUGCAAACCUGAUAUUACUGGACAUCCAGUGCUGAGGCCAGAAUCAUUGAGAAUGCGAAUAUUAAUUAGUAUCAUCAAGCUUGCCACAAGUCUCAACGAACCGCAAUCGGUCACGGACGAGCUCCUGGAGCCGUUUCAGUAUAUUGUCUCUUACACGCGAGACAUAAUAGAUUAUGAAAAAUAUUUGUUGCGAAGCAAACCAUCGUUUAAUUUCGACAUUCGCACCACGAUACCGUUAUUCGAAGUCGCAUUGUACUGCCGCAAUUCGCCGGCAUUACGCUGUGAAGCAUUGAGACUGCUACUUUCUUCGCAUCGGCGAGAGGGUGCAUGGGAUAGCCGUGUGAUUGCAAGAAUCGCUAUAUGGAAGAUGGCUCUCGAACGACCAGGGAUGGAUGAAUCUGGAACGAUCCAUGAAAAUGCAAGAUACUAUGGAGAGUCUUUCGAGGUCGAUCGAUGGACUAAAGAAAUUCGAGUUACCUGCAGACAGAAUGACGAAAGUUUGCCUGAAGGCUACCGAAUAGUGACAGACAUACUUCAAUAUGGGGAAACAGCAGAUGAGCUCUUUCGCUCGAGUCUAGACCAGGUUACACCUUCGAUUUUCUCGCCAUAA